AUGGUAGUUGAGUACACCAAGGUACACAAGUACGACAAGCAAUCUCCUCGCCAGCUUUUGAAACACUACAAAGUGGUUGUUCCCUCUUCACAAAUCGCACAAAAUGCUCCAAUUGUAUACAUCCAUGGAGGUGCGUGGGUUGGAGAGUCUCACACCUAUAAUGAGCUUGGACCAUUAAUUGACAAGCUGGACUUGAAAUUGAAUAAUGGCGCUUACACAACUGGAGAGCAGCUCACUGAGAUCCAAUUUUUUGUUCUCGACUAUAGGAUGUCUCCCGAAGUUGUUCAUCCUCACCAUAUCUUGGAUGUUUUACACGCGUUGAGCUUUGUUUAUAAAUUGGGUAUCCACAAGGUGUCUCUCAUAGGCCAUUCUGCCGGAUCAACUAUGUGCACCCAGAUAUUAGAGUAUAAAACCUUCUUGGGCUUCUAUGACAUUGAAUUCACUUUACCAGUUCCUGACAUUGACUCUAUCGUGUUUUUGGACGGCAUUUUCGACAUCUCCAAGAUGCUCGAGGAAUACCCUAGCUACCUUCAAGAGUUUGUGGAGAUUGCUUUCCGAUCGGAGCAAGACUGGUCGGAAAAAUGCAAUAUGCUACACUACAAGAUGACAAGCGAUACAAAAAAAGAGAUUAGGGAUAAGUUUAACUCCUUAAGAAAAACAAUUAUAGCCCACAGCACCAAAGACGAACUGCUCAGCACGAGACAGCCCACAGAAUUUUGUAAGUGGCUUGAUCAGUUGCCGUAUACGGACUACAAGUACAUCGUUCAGGAUAUGGGAACACACAAUGAAACAUACAAAAGCGACGGUCUUGUCUCAAUUAUCAUACAACAUUUAUUGCACUGA